GUAUUAGCAGGGUGGCUGUAAGGUGGCGUCCCACUGUACUAAGGAUCUAAAGGCACAAAGAUUUGGAUGGUAUUAGUAUGCACUCAUAUGAAAUUGUUGCCCCCCAGUAUCCAGUGUCCUGACGAUGAUCACACCUCCACAGUACCGGUAAACAUGUUGACGAUUAUGAGUAAAGUUAGGAUAGAGGCUUUUAUGUGGGGUGCAGGCACAGCCAUUGGAGAACUCCCUCCUUAUUUCAUGGCAAGAGCAGCACGAUUGUCUGGAACUGACCCAGAUGAUGAGGAGCUUGAAGAAGUUGAAGAAUUGGAGAGGCUAACCUCUCUCGCCGAUCAGAGUUUAUGGACUAGACUUAAGAAAAUGGUUCUUGAGUUAGUAGAGCGAGUAGGAUUCUUUGGCAUACUUGUGUGUGCCUCGGUUCCAAACCCUCUGUUUGAUUUAGCUGGUAUCACCUGUGGCCAUUGCCUUGUUCCUUUCUGGACGUUUUUUGGAGCGACACUCAUCGGCAAGGCUGUUAUAAAGAUGCAUCUCCAGAAAACAUUUGUUAUCCUAGCAUUUAGCAAGCAUUAUGUAGAGGCAGUUUUAUCUUAUGUUGGGGACAUCCCAACCGUUGGUCCCUAUAUUCAGAAACCUUUUAAGAUAGCAUUGGAAAAGCAAAAGGAGAAAUUGCAUCGGAAACCAGGACAAGGCGCCACUACUACCUCGGAACCAAAUAUUCUCGCCUGGAUAUUUGAGAAGCUUGUGAUCGCCAUGAUCAUCUACUUCCUGCUGUCAAUCAUCAACUCUAUGGCCCAGGCCUACGCUAAACGUCUGGACGAGAGAAAGAGAGAGUCGCAUAAGCCUGGCAAGGGCGAAUAACUUUGACCCAACAAUUUUCUAUCGGAAGCUCUUAGUCUGUACUGACUGGUAAUUUGCACUGGAUAAUUUCAAUAUUGCACCCUGCGGGUAAAUAUUUCGAGUUAAUAGGCAGUGAGGACACAAGCGAAAUCGGAAAGGUCUGGACCGCAUUUAUACAAGAUUUCAUCUUGGACUACUGAGGUACACGCGGCUUUGAACAAACGUUGGAAACGUUGCAGGGGCAAUUUCGCCCGUGAUCGGGCUUUGAUAUAGAGUGGAUUUGUCGUUGGUGGAAAGCAAAUGUACACUGUAGUAGAGCUUUUCUAGAGUGCUCUGCAUCGCUGUGAAAAGAAACAAACGACAGAAAAACAGGACAAGUUUAUACAACGGCUAUAUUUAAAAAGAAAACCUUUUCUCUGGGCUAGUUAGAUAAUCCUAUUACAUUAUAUACGUUUCGCCGGUAAAAGUAAAUAUAAAACGUCAAGGUAAAAAGCUGUUAAAAUUAUAAGUCUUAACGUUUUUGAUCUGUUUGAUCAUCUCGGAUGAUCAAACAGAUCGAAAACCUAUUACAUUGUAUACGAGAUUUCAGAGGUAAACAGCGAAGUGUGACACACUCGUGAAGGAAACCGUGAUUCAUACAGUGCAUUAAUUGCGGCGCGUUUGCGUUUCUCGCUUUACUUGGAAUCUCCCGUUAUCUACUCCUCCCCUGUGAGUUUCCAGGGUCUCUCCUUUUUCCCGCCAAAGACCCCUACAUACGUGCGUUGGUUGGUUGUGUAUAUUGCUGUGUGUUUUUCCUCGCGUUAGUGUGGACGGAGUCCUAAUGUAGCUUAUUUUCUUGUAAUAUUCUCGACCAUGUUGUAGUAGAAUUCGUUUUUAAUUAUCAUUCUAAUUUCUAAGUCGCACGCACUUCUAGUGUCCUUGUCUCAGAAGUACCGUCGAACAAAAUCAACAAUUAUACUCCGAGCUGACUAUCAACCAAUAAAAAUAGGAUUACUUCAUUUGAUUACUAA